AUGCCGCCUAGACGUAGACUUCCAUCCAAGAAAAAUAAACGACCCAUUAGAUUAACCUUUGACAGACAUCACCAGGAUAUAGAAAAGGUGGUGUAUCUUCCAAUAUCAGAAUUGAUCACGCAACCCAUUGAACAGUCCAUUGAACAACCCAUCACUAAAUACAAACAGAAUAUCGAACAACCCAUCACUAAAUACAAACAGAAUAUCGAACAACCCAUCAUUAAAUACAAACAGAACAUCGAACAACCUAUCAUUAAAUACAAACAGAACAUCGAACAACCCAUCAUUAAAUACAAACAGAACAUCGAACAACCCAUCAUUAAAUAUACACAGAACGUCGAACCACCCAUUAUUAAAUACAACCAGGAUUUUGAACAACCCAUCACCCAACACAAACAGAAUAUCGAACCCAUCACUAAAUACAAACAGAAUAUAGAGAAAAUAGUAUACAAUCACAUACCUAAAUCAAUUAAUAGUAAAUUUAUAGACAAUAAAUUUUCAAUAAAAGAAAUAAAAGAUAAGCUAGAUAUUCCUAAACAGAAAUCAAAAGCAGUCAAUAUUGAAAAAUGUGAUAUACAAACCUAUAAGUCUGAUGUAGAAAUGUCUGAUAUAGAAUCUCCCUAG